CGCCACUCCGCUUCACGUUUCCAGGACAUACUACAGAACCAUGGAUUCUGGCCCUCCGCCUGCCUAUCGCGAUCUCUGGUUCGAUGACGGUAAUCUCGUCAUCCAGGCUGGCCAGGCGCUCUUCCGCGUGCACAAAGGCGUGCUUUGCUUUCACUCCAACGUCCUCCGAGAUAUGGCUUCACUCCCUGCGCCCGCCUCUUUCGACGCAUAUGAAGGCGCUCAGCUUGCGGAAUUUCCCGAUGAUGCACAAGAUAUGCACCACUUCUUGCGUGCUAUAUACAUCCCGGACUAUUUCCUCCCUCCUCCCGAGAUGACGACAUUUGAGAGAUUGGAAGGCGUACUCCGCUUGGCUCAUAAAUAUGACGCCCCUUCCCUUCGUCGACGCGCUCUCCAGCAUAUGGCCCGCGCGUGCGUCACUGACCUGGACGAGCUGAAGGACGAGAUCAACUUGGAUCGCUCGUACACCGCGACCUUCGAUGAUCUCAGCCCACUACUGAAAGCUGAGAUCGCGCUCGCUCGAGAGGUUCAGGCUCUCUGGGCACUACCGAUUCUCCUUCUCAACAUGAGCCUGUGCGAUGGGCACGAGAUCACUGGAACCUGCAGAUAUGCGGGCAAGCUGCGAUCCCUGUCCAUCGAAGACACGAUAGCAUCCCUCUGCGUGUAUAAGGCCGUUAUGGAUUCGGAUAUCCACAACAUCUUCUACAGCGAGACGUGCGGUAGCCCAACGUGCACGCGGCGGGAGAAAGCCGUCGUGGCGGUGGAUAUUGCCAGCACGCGCGUGAAACCUCUGACAGCACUUGACGAAUGGGUGAGCAAGGGUGCAUGGGGCGCUUGCAGUCCAGUAUGUCGCUCGAUGGCCCGCGUCGGGUAUGUCAAGGAGAAAAGGCGUAUAUGGGACUCGCUCCCUGAGGUCUCCGGACUGCCUCCAUGGGAUAAGCUUCUGGAAAUGAAGAAGCUGGAUAUCGAACCUGAUUUUGAUGCCAAGAAUGAUAUACGGAAUCCCCGGAUGCGCGCUGGAUCCAAGAUCGCGCAGGAGUUUCCAGACGCGAUGUUAAAGCUGUGCCACGCCUGCCGGCCCGACAUCGAUUGCGCCUUUGCUCCCGCCACCAUCGAGGUCGAACCGCCUCUGCCAACAUACGUCGCCGUCGCCAGCGAGUCAGGAGCCUGCGCUGGCUCUCGAGAGUUCGCCGACGUUGUGAGCAUGGAAUCGACUUACCGUGACCUCUGGUUCGACGACGGCAACCUUGUCAUUCAGACCGGUCUCGCGCUUUUUCGCGUGCACAAAGGCGUGCUGGCCAUUCAUGCGACCGUCUUUCGGGAUAUGGUGUCCCUCCCUACGCCCGCCUCGCAGGAAACCUACGAAGGUGUCCAGCUGGCGGUCUUCCCAGACGACGCCCAAGAUAUGCGUCAUUUCCUACGUGCUUUGUACUUCCCGGAUUACUUCCUCCCACCGCCAGCUAGAACAUCCUUUGGUGUACUCGAGGGCGUUCUUCGACUCUCGCACAAAUACGACGUUGGCCCGCUUCGACGGCGCGCCUUGCAGCACCUGUCCAUCACAUGUCCGACGGAGCUCGCAAACCUCGAAAACGAACUCGAAUUGGAGCGCAGCUACGACAUCGAAGAUGUUGCUUGCACUCUCAAAGCGGAACUAGCCCUUGCGCGCGAAGUUCAGGCAUUAUGGCUCCUUCCUGUACUCUGCCUGUGCUUGGCACGUGAGGAACGGGAGGACUACAUCUCGCGACCGAUAUGGAUGGGAAAGGAGCGUGGGAUUGCGCCAGACGACAUUUUAAUGUGCUUCUUCGCCUACAGAGCGAUUGCGGACGCGAGAAUAAUUCAUUUGUUCUUGGAUUCGUCUGCGGGAUGUGGCAAAGUGGGAUGCGAUCGAAUACGUCGUGACUGGAUCGAUGAUGACGACCUCGAGAGCCUUCUCAUCAGUCGGCCUUUGACAUAUCUACGUGAUUGGAUCGACGCCGACAAUGGACACAUUUCGAGGCUCUGCGACGUAUGCCUAUCGGAACUACGCAGAAAAUUCAAAGAUGAAUCAGAAAGAGUUUGGAAUAACAUUCCACGCGCUAUGGGACUUCCACCCUGGGAGAAAUUACGGGAGAUGAAGCGAGAGGACCUUGAGGGGGCGGCCACUAUGUCCGUUCCGUUUCUGAUCUUUCGAGAGCUUUGGCCUCCUGAUCUCGGUACGCUGCGACUUGUCUGCAAAGGAUGGUACCCAGAGGCGGAUCAGGAGUUCUGGUCACACGUCGUCCACAUCAUACCUUUGUUGCGCCUCAUUCCCGAGAGUGCGUGGGCAGAAGACACAAUUGAACUACCGCCGGGCGCGUAUGGUCGGCGACGUAGAAAUUUCCGGAUUACGCGGCCUUUGGAACCUCAGGACUGGGAAUCCGUCUCCAAGCGCGCACGCUUCGUGAAGGCCCAGUGCUUUGUGGACUUGACUUUCAUGUUGUGUUCGCCCUCCUUGGUCGCCGCCAUUGUCGCCUAUCCUCCGCCCUCCGUUCCGCUGUUUCCCAACCUAAGUACGAUCACCUGGAUCAACAGCCCGACAAGCGAUGCGAACUUCUUCGACCCCGACCAGUUAGCGGAUAAAUACCGCGAUCUCAGGAUGAUCCAUCUGGGCGUGGGCGACGAGCGGCACCCGCUGAGGAAACAUGUAGUCCUGUCGGUUGCCGACAUCGCUCAGCGCUAUGAGGUGCGGCUGGCCCGCGCGCUGGCUGCUUGCAGAUGUCUACAAGACGUCACGCUCUACCUGGGCGAUGCAGGUCAGAUCGCGCCAGAAAUCAUUCUCGUGCUGUCGACGAGCAUGAGGAUCCGCAAGUUGCGGCUCGAGUUUCAAAGUCUCGCGGCGGACGAUGUUAGUAUAACGGAGUCCUGGUCCUUCCCGAGAUUCCCCGCUCUUCGCAGUGUUGCGAUAUUUGGGCUGCCGCUUCAGCGCGCAUGGAGGCUGCUGGGCAGUACAGGGCGCGACUUGGUUGGCGACAUCUCCAUCGACCAAGAUCCCAAUUGCAGCAACCAGCCACCCUUUUCCGUCGAGUCCAGAGACAUGCUCCUCUCGAUCCUUCGCUCUAUACACGAUCAAUACGCGCCUUACCGGUCCUUGCGCGCCCUGUCUCUCGAGGGCACGCACCCUCCCAGCUUGACUUUCGACUUCAGCGACAUCGAGAUGUUCGCCGUCUUCCCGCACAUGACCGACUUUGCGCUCAACUUCGAGUACGCGCAGGUAAUAAUUACGGAUCGCGACUGCGAGGCGAUCGCCAGCUGGUGGCCCUGUUUGCGCAGCUUUCACAUCGGAGGCUCCGCGAGUCCUGCCGUACGUGGGUCGCGUCCUACGCUUACCCUUCGCGCCCUGCUUGCAUUUGUCGAGCGGUGUCCGGAGUUUGCGUGCUUGACGCUGCCGAUGGACGCUACGGCGGUGCCUAUCCUGCAGUCAGAUGCAAGUGGACGAGCGCAACGAUAUUGGGCGCUGAAGGAGCUCGCGGUACAGGACUCGCCUAUCGGGAGUGGAGAGGAGCUGGGGGCCUGGAUGGCGACGACAUUUCCGGGUUUGCGCCAGGUCACCUUUCGUUCUCCGGAAGAGGACCACGACGAUGUGGACAGAAGGAGAGACGAGUGGAAUCGCGUCAAGAAGCUAAGUACUGGGAAGUCUGCUCAUGAAUGGUGAAAG